CCGUCCGCGCUGGGCCGAAGAGGCUCCAGUCAGUCAGUCACUCCGUCCGGGGGCGGAGCGGCCGAGGGAGGAGGCGGAGCCAAGCGGGACGGGCCCUCCCCUCUCCCCGCCACUGCCGCCGCCGCCGCCACCCCCAUCGCUGCUGCUGCCGCCGCCGCCGCUGUCGUCGACGCUGUUCGUGGAAGGGGCCGCUGCGCUCGGGCGAUCGGUGCCUUCGGGCGGGCAGGCGCGCUCUCUCGCUGCCUCCUCCUUCCCCGCGCGGCGGGGGUUUUUUUCCAGCUGAGGUAAAGAGACAUCUUUUGAGCUGGAAUCCCUCAAAUAACCUUUAAAGAUGAAGGCAGCGGAUGAGCCUGCCUACCUGACGGUGGGGACUGAUGUCAGUGCCAAGUACCGUGGUGCCUUCUGUGAGGCAAAAAUUAAGACUGUGAAGAGGCUGGUGAAAGUCAAGGUGGUUUUAAAACAAGAUAAUUCAAUGCAGUUGGUGCAAGAUGACCAGGUGAAAGGACCUUUAAGGGUUGGUGCAGCUGUUGAAACCAAGAUGCCUGAUGGAUCCUUUCAAGAAGCCAUUAUCAGCAAACUGACCGAUGCCAGCUGGUAUACUGUAGUUUUUGACGAUGGCGAUGAGAGGACGCUGAGACGGACGUCGUUGUGUUUGAAAGGAGAGAGGCACUUUGCGGAAAGCGAGACACUUGACCAGCUGCCACUAACGAACCCAGAGCACUUUGGAACACCAGUGAUUGGGAAGAAAUCCAACAGAGGAAGGAGAUCCUCUCUUCCAGUUAAUGAAGAUGAGAAAGAAGAGGAAAGUAGCGAAGAGGAGGAGGAUGAUAAGAGACGUCUUAACGAUGAAUUACUUGGCAAGAUUGUCAGCGUGUCAUCUAACUCCGAGAAGGCAGACUGGUAUCCCGCUUUGGUUUUAUCCCCCAGCUGCGGUGAUGAGAUGUCCGUGAAGAAGGACCAGUGUUUAGUUCGCUCUUUUGCAGAUUCCAAAUUCUAUUCAGUAGCAAGAAAGGACGCUGAGGAAUUAGACAUCCUAAACGUUACAAAAUCUGAGUUGUCUUCUAGAAAAGGUUUGCAGGACGCACACUCCUUCUUCAGUCUGAAAGUCAUACCCGCGAACUGGAAGAUGGAUAUGCGUGAGAUCUUGGAAUCAUCCAGCAGCGACGAAGAAGAGGGAGGGGAGGCAGGGAGUGACGAAGAGGAAGACAAAGGAGAGCAUAAAGAGGAAGAAGUAGUGCCUGAAGAAGAGCCCGAUCCUGAAGAGAGGGACAACUUCCUCCAGCAGCUUUACAAGUUUAUGGAAGACAGAGGUACUCCUAUCAAUAAACCACCUGUUCUGGGCUACAAGGAUCUUAAUCUCUUCAAACUUUUUAGACUUGUGUUUCAGCAGGGCGGAUGUGACAAUAUCGAGAGUGGCGCUGUAUGGAAGCAAAUUUAUAUGGACCUUGGCAUUCCUAUUUUGAAUUCCGCCGCUUCCUACAAUGUAAAAACUGCUUAUAGAAAGUAUCUUUAUGGUUUCGAGGAGUACUGCCGCUCUGCCAACAUUCAGUUCAGGACGAUCCACCACAAUGACCCCAAAGUAAUAGAAGUAGUACAAAAAACAGAAGAGCCAAUGGAGGAGAGUGUGAAAGAAGAGCCCGAGAUGUCCCCCGCAGAAGUUGAGAACGAGGCAGAAGAAAAUGAGUGCAGCAGUGAUAGUGAAAAAGAAGAAAUUGAGCAGAGGUCUCCUCGGGGACGGAGGAGGCUUGUUCGUGAUCUCGCCGCCACGAAAAAGGAAAGCGAAGAUGAUAAAAUGCAGGACAAACUAAAAGACAGCAACAAGGAGAAUAACGAAGUAGACGAAAUGUCUAAUAACGUAGAGAAGAGGGAAGGCGAGGCGGUGCUCGGAAGCAGAAGGGCCACACCAAAGCAAAAGGACAGGAGAGCGAAAAGGGAAGAGGAAUCUGACAGGGAGUCGGAUGAAGAAGAGGAAAGGAGGGAAGAACUUGAAAACCGAGGAGAAUCAGAAGGAGAGGAGGGUGAGGAGGAUGCCGAACCAUGUCUAACGGGAACCAAAGUGAAAGUAAAAUACGGCCGCGGGAAAACUCAGAAGAUUUAUGAAGCUAGCAUCAAAAGUACGGAAAACGACGAUGGAGAGAUUUUGUAUUUGGUGCAUUACUACGGCUGGAAUGUGAGAUACGAUGAAUGGGUGAAAGCUGAUAGGAUUAUUUGGCCUGUGGAGAAAGGAGGACCAAAGAAGAAGCAGAAGAAAAAAGCAAAAAAUAAAGAAGAUGGGGAAAAAGAUGAAAAGAAAGAAGAGGAGAAACAAAAAGCAAAACGUGGACGCCCUCCUCUGAAAUCCACUCUUCUGUCAAACCUAUCUUGUGGCCUGCCCAAAACUCCAAAUAGUGAAAGUAAACCAGGGGCCCGAAGUGUACGCAGCAGCUUGUCGGAUGGCUCCCCUUUGCCUAAUGGGACGGAAGGAAUGUCUCGCAGGCAAACAAGACGCAGCUCAGGAAUGUUGGAUUCUGACAGAGGGUCAAAUGACUCCAUUUCAUCAGACAGCGAUGCAGAUGAAGCUUCUGAAAAGAAUACGAAUGAAGAUUUUUCUCCGACAAAUUCAGAACUUGAAAAAGAUGAAAAACAAAUGGUUGACAAACCUGAUGAUGAAACCCCAAAGAUCUCCCAUGUGUUGAAAGAAAACGACAGGAAUCAAGUCCACCCCUUAGAAGCUUUGAAACUAGAAGUUGAAGAGAGUGAACAGGUAGUUCAGAUUUUUGGAAACAAAAGUGAACAAAUGGAAGAAAUUAAAAAAGAUUUGGAAAAAUCCAAAGGGAAAGGCCGAAGGAGCAGAGCAAGAGACUCUACCCUAGAGAAUGUAAAGAUUGCAGCACUAAAUCAGGAUGAGGCAACGAAUGAACCUCUCACAGAGUCUGAAAGAUUAGAUGUGUCUUCCUUGGACAGUAAAGGUUUAGGCACCACUUCUGUGACUGAAACAGAUCUUUUCACAAAAGAUAAGAGGCUUUUCAAAAGGAAAGGGGGAGAACAGCCAUCGCCUGACAAAAGGGGGCGUCUGGAAAGCGAGUUGGAUGUGCCAAAUAUUGCAUCUGAGGGGAGGGCAAAUAAAUGUCCUGGGACAGAAGAAUGUAAAGGUUUCAGUGCCGACGACUCCCUCAGAAAUGAAAAUGAGGAAAUGCCGUCCUUGGUUGCAGAAUCAGAUCAACGCCUUCACGCUCCGGGAGGUGAGCGCUUCGAAUGUUCUUCUGAGGAAAAUUGUAACACCCCGCUGAAAGACGAAGACGACUCGAUGCCUCAGAUCGGGCCCGAGACUCUCCUUUGCCACGAAGUGGACUUGGACGACGUCGACGAGAAGGAAAAGGGCGGUUUGGAAAACGCGGUGGCGGAAAAGCAAGACCCCAGCACUCCCGCUUCACAUCCGCCUGCCUUGCCGCCUGUUGUCCUGCCAAACUUCUCUGUGGCCUCGCCCUUAGCCCUCAGCCAGGACGAAUCCCGGAGCAUAAAGAGUGAAAGUGACGUAACCAUAGAAGUGGACAGUGUGGCCGAAGAGUCUCAGGAGGGUCUUUGUGAAAGCGAGUCUGCCAACGGGUUUGAAGCUUGUACGACGUCAAGCAAUGGCAGCAUCACAGCCCCGGAAAGGGAGAUCGUAGAGAAGGGUCAAAAAAGGCCCUGCGACAGCAGCAACUCCUCCCUGGCAAAGAAACAAAAGCGUACCCCAAAGCGAGCGAGCACUGUAGCCAAAAGUGAGAAGAAUGGGACAGGACAAAGCAGCGACAGUGAAGAUCUUCCAGCCCUGGACAGCUCAAGCAAAUGUACUCCAGUCAAACACAUCGGCGUGUCCAAGCCCCAGAAGCUCACUCGGUCGCCCGCAAGAAUGAUAUCUCCUAACAUCAAAGAUGGCGAGAAGGACAAGCAGAGGGAGAAGAACCAUCAAAACGUUUCCUCCAGGGUGUACAAAUGGAGCUUCCAGCUCAAUGAAUUGGACAACAUGAACAGCACAGAGAGGAUCUCUUUUUUACAAGAGAAACUGCAGGAAAUCAGAAAAUAUUAUAUGUCUCUGAAGUCAGAAGUGGCCACCAUAGACAGGAGAAGAAAACGGUUGAAAAAGAAAGACCGAGAAGUGUCUCACGCAGGAGCUUCCAUGUCCUCGGCUUCCUCAGACACUGGAAUGAGCCCUUCCUCCUCCUCUCCUCCACAGAACGCGCUUGCUGUCGAAUGCAGGUGAUACCGGACUCCUCUGCCUCAUACAGCAAGGUGCUGUCACGGACAGAAACCCUGAAAUACCAUAGAAAGCACUCAACUGGUUUGACAUUGCCAAGUAUAUUCUGUAUAC